CGAAACCUUUACAGCAUCUUCUACUUUCGGUGUAUGUAGCCUCGUUUUCUUGACCAACCCUAGAUUCACUCCUCAACCAUGGCCGAAGGGAAAAGCACAAUCUUCGCCACUCCAGUCAACCACGCCGACAUGAUCGUCACUUCGUCGCGCCACAAGUCAAUCCCGAUUGAAACAACGAUCUCCGAUCUUCCGGUAAAUUUGGUGGAGGAGAUUCUCUCUAGGGUUCCCUUGAAAAAUAUGAGAGAAGUUCGAUUAACUUGCAAAGGGUGGGACACUUUAUCAAAGAGUCGAAGCUUUUCAAAGAUGCAUAUUGAUAAGCUAAGCACUGUAAAGGAAGGUGAGUCUCUGAUAAUCGCAAUGGUGGAUUACAAUCUUUAUCUCAUGACGGUCGUUCUGGGGGGAACCGAUGAGGAUCCAUUCGUAGAGUGCCAAGGUAGACUUACUUGCCUAGACAAACAAAUCAAGAUAUCUCAAGUUUUCCACUGCGAUGGUUUAUUGUUAUGCCUCUCUGAAGAUGCUAUCCUUUGGAAUCCAUAUUUGGGUCAAACUAGGUCGAUAGAGUUUCCAUGCACUCACUGCCCACACAGAUGGAACAGGUUCACAUACGCCCUCGGAUACGAGGAGAAAGGCUCAUCUUGUCGUGGCUACAAAUUAUUGAGGUUUAUAGACAUCUAUGACGAUUAUAGACCUACACACCAGUAUUCAUGUUAUGAGAUUUACGAUUUCGACUCUAGUACAUGGAAGACUCUUGAUAUCACUCCACAUUGGCGUAUAAAAUUUGGAUUGCCUGGCGUGUCUCUCAAAGGAAACACUUACUGGCCUGCUUCACCAAGGAACAUAAAAGAAAACACGCUUGACGAUCACAUGAUCUGUUUCGAUUUCUCAAGUGAGAGUUUUGGUCCGCUUCUGCGUCUCCCGUUUGACGCUGGUGGUGAUGAAGGCUAUGCGACUUUAUCAAGUGUUAGAGAAGAGAAGCUUGCGGUUUUACUUACCCGCAACGAAGUAGAUCCGUUUGAGUGUGAGAUAUGGGUUAGCACUAAGAUUGAGGCCGAAAAGGUGUCUUGGAUCAAGUUCUUGAAAGUGGAAACGGAAAUGGGAUUUAACGCUAUGGUUGAUUGUGUGAGUUUCUUCAUUGACGAGGAGAAGAAAGUCGCUAUGGGUUACUCCGAAACAUUGAACAUUGUCGGAGAGGAUGGAUACUUGAAAGAGCUGGAGCUCGUGGAACGUGAUGGCAGAGACGUAAACUACUGUAUCCCGAUGGUGUGCUCUUAUGUGCCAAGCCUAGUGCAAAUCAAGCAACCUUCUCCAGGAGGUCAAAGGAAACAACGAGGCGACUUAGAAAAGCUAAGUCAACGAUAUGAUCAAAACAUGUCCAGACUUGCCGCUAUUGAAAAUCGUAGCAGUGUGUGAUACUCUGCAAAAGGAGGAAGGCAAAAAACGAAAUGAUUAGUCGUUCAUAGAUGUCUUUGAUUUACUCUUAGCUCUUCUGAUGCAGCGUGUCUUUAUUAAGAUGUCUAAGAUAUAAGACGUAUAGGCGGCUUCUUCUGUCUGGUCAUCUGAGGCUUGUUCUACUCAUCACAUUUCUGUAUUAGCCAAGACAAGCUCGCGGUUUUAUUUAGUCUCGGUUAACAAAGCUUAGUUUAUGUAUUUGCAUUUACUCUUCUUAACUUUUUGUCUUUUCUUAAGCUGACCUUGUUUUGGUG